UGUGUGAAGCAUAUAUAUGCAAUUUUAGAGGAUACAGAUAAUUGUUGAAAAUUUAAACGAUAAGAAGCGUUGGAAUUGAGUAAUGAACGUUAUGAUGAUUAACAGUUCUGUUUUUAGGGUUCCGAAAACUUUGUUGAAAUUGAAAUGCCGCGGCAAGAACUCAGAUGAGAACGAUUUCAAAGACAAAGUUUCCGGUGUGAUGGGGGAGCAAGUUGAGCAACUGUUGAGCAGACAAGAGAAUAAGGGUUUGAUGGAUAAUUUAGAGAAAGCUUCACAGAGAGUUGAGAUUGCCAAGACACAGCUUGCUUUCAUUCAAAAACAGGAACUUGCGCUCAAACAGUUCAAAGAUUACACUCAACAGCUUCAAGGAAAUGCUUCUCAGAUUGCAGAAAGUCAGAGAGAAAUUACAGAGGCAAAAGCUAUGCUUGAGGAAGCAGAACGGUCUUUGUUGCUGAAUGUGGGAGAUGCUGAAGAAGGAAGUGGAGAAAUUGAUCGAGAUGAAGAGAGACGGGAGUCUGUAAAAGCGGCAUCUAUCUCGGCUCUUGUUGGCACUUUGUCAGGCCUCCCCAUAUGUUUCGCUCAGGCAACUGAUACAACUCAGUUGCUUCUCUCUUUGGCAAUCAAUUUCGUAUGUUGUGCAUUGUUUGGAGUGACUUUUCGAUAUACUGUAAGGAGAAACUUGGAUGAUUUUCAGCUUAAGACUGGGGUUGCAGCAGCUUUUGGUGUUGUUAAAGGUCUUGCAAUCCUCAGUGCUGGACCAGUUUUUGAACUCAACUUUGAAAGCUUAUUAUCGUAUGCUAGGGAUGGAACAAUUUAUGUGUCUGAGAAUCUUAUCAUUUUUCUUUCUGCUGCUAUUAGUCUAGAUUAUUGUUUAAAGACAAGACUUUUGAGCCCUUUUCCAAUUGAUAGAACAGUGCCUUCAUACACCAACGAAAUGAUAAACAUUGAAGAUUAUUCCCACCGCAUAGAAAAGCAAAUUAAUUCUGGUAUCAUUCAGACUUCUAUUUCAUUAGGGGGUGAAGAUUUCAGUUCAAGGUUAAAUUGCACUCCUACAAAAUGGAAGCUUGAGUCUGUCUUUUACUCCGGCCAAGGAUGUUGCUUGGCUUGGAAGGUCUAAAUGGAUACUUAUAUUGAAGUUAUUGAAGAUUUUCUGGAGGUAGAUUGUAGACUUUCCCUGUUAAUAUUGAGAAAUAUUGAAGUUGAAGUCACGAAUGUUAUUGUAUUUUUUUAAGGGACCUUUUUAAUUUUAAUCUAUGCAUUAGGGUAGGUUUUGUUCUUAUGUGCAGUAUGUUUGGAUGCUCUUUGUGUGCAAGCUUCUAAGGUUGAAUAUAUUGUUAUUCUCCUCA